AUGUACACGGUCGGCCUACAGUCUGCCGCAGAUGCUUUCCUACUUGCGAGCUUGAAGGCCCAGGUGGUCAUCGCUCUCAUCAUUCUUUUCCUCAUUCUUGUUUUCGGCGUCGGCACUCACAAGGAAUCAUUUGACGAACACGCCCCUGUCUUCCUUCCCGGUUACCACCUCCUCGCCAUUAUCCCUUUCUUUCGUAAACGCUUCGAGUUCCUGAACGAGGGUUUUAAAGUCACCGGACAAUCGCUUUUCCAGUUUAGCAUGCUCAAGGAUACUGUCAUCGUCGUUUCGGGGGAGUCGGGUCGUAAAGCAUUCUUCUCCAACAAACAUCUGGACCUAACUGAGGGGUUUAAGGUGCUCUCGGGAGCAAUUCCAAUGGUAAAUGGAGUCACCUCCGACCUCCAGUCGCGCCGGAUAGCCCUUAUACACAAGCGACUCGCAUCGGUGCAAAAUUCGGAAGCGCUGACCAGACUCAUCCAUCCAAUCUUAGAAGAUACUCGAAGAGUAAUGGAAUCCUGGGGUCCUGAGGGCACCUUCGAUCCUUUUGAACACGUAUACAAGCUCGUAUUUCAAACCACUGUGCGAUCCAUCACCUGUGACGAAAUUGCAGACGAUCCCAUGUUAGUCCAAAAACUUAAAGAUCUCUACGAUACCCUCGACAGCGGAACAACCCCUGCGACUGUUAUACUCCCUUGGCUUCCAACGCCGAGUAUGCUAAGAAAAUUAUGUGCAACUAAGAAGAUUUAUGAUAUUGUCGUUCACGCCGUCAAUACCAGGCAAGCCAGCGGCGUCGCUAGAGACGAUACCCUCCAGAUGCUCCUCGACAACGGAGACGAAAAGCUAGUGGUUGUGGGUUUCAUUAUGGGGCUUCUUGUUGCCGGAGCUCGCGCUACCGGGACGACUGCCUCAUGGCUGAUCACAUACCUCGGCGGCCACCAAGAGUGGCGUGAAAAGGCCGUCGUCGAAGUAGAGCAACUGCUCGCGUCCUAUCAUUCUUCUGGCACGACCUCUCUGUCCGCCCAUCUGGCCGCCGUCCCCCUCGAGGCAUGGGAGUCCGAGACACCCGUGAUUGAUGCGCUCAUUCACGAGACGCUGCGCGUCGCACAGCCGCAUACCGCCAUGCGCCGUAACCUGGGACCGGACGUCUUGAUUGACUCAAAGACCAUACCCUCUGGCGCCUAUGUGCUAUACCCUUUCAGUGACGUACACCUCAACCCGGAGCUGUAUCCGGACCCUUGGACGUUCGAUCCGGCACGAAAGCCGGCCAACGUGCCGUACGGUUACGUUGGAUGGGGCGGAGGCAAAACCGUGUGCCUCGGCCAACGACUUGCUAGGAUGGAGCUGAAACUCAUUGUCGCGAUGUUCCUCUUGUCCUUCCAAUUUGACCUGGUUGACAAGGACGGCCACCAACCCCAAGCGUUGCCGAGGCCCAACUGGAACGACAUCCUUCUUUGUAGACCAGAGACUGGACACUGUUACAUUCGGUAUCAGAAGUGUAUGCUUUCACUGUAAAGCAGCAUCCGUGGACUCUCAUGCUUUCGAACUUUCUCUCCCGGACUCUACGCUACCUCCACUUGCACUCGUUAAAUCUCUCGCAUGAACUGUAUUAGCAUGAUACCAACUCUCACAAGCUGGACUAGACACACGCAUGAUACCAUGAACCACGUAUUUACUUAACCUUAUUCCUCAGCUACAGGUCGUAUUCACGUUGCGCGGACAGGCGUAUCAUUAUUACCUUACAAUCAUUCCUUAUAAUCCUUCUUUUUGCUGACCGUUCUUUACCG